AUCCAUUUCCAACGCGUUGCUUAAUUGAGGGAGACGACACCACCACAAUCCACAAUCGCGUCACCCCUCCCUCGCUCAGAUAGCGGUAGAGCUUCACGCCAACCACUUGUUUUCGCCAGACUGCCGGCUCUCCUCUUGUCUACCCUGCCAUCACAUACCUAGGUAGCCUGCAAUCACACUUUCCGCACCGCCCUCGGCAACUAUGGCCGGUAGGCGUCGGCGGGCGGCCGCGUCCACCAGGACACUGUACCAACCCGAGUUGAGGGUCCUCCAUCGUCUGGACCCCGAGUUCGGUGAGGACAACGAAGAAACGACUGAUCCUGUACUCGAGGAGGCUGCCGUCUUUAAGAUGGACGGCACAACCAUGGCCAACGUGCUGGAAAUGACGGCACACGGCCCGUUUGUCGUCCGCGGAAAACUGGUUGUUAACGCGCCGAGGCACCGCCGUCGUCUACUCAACCCUAAGCUCGACAGUGUGUACAUCGAGGUGUCGAAGAGCACCCAAUAUUCUAUUGGCUUCGACUACCAGGGCAACCCUUGCCCUUCAGUUUGGAUCAUGGGUGAAUCUGGCUGGAUGGAGAUCACACCGGCGCGCGAGUACAGACCCAUAUUCGAUAAGAUGAUGGAAGGCAUCACUCUCUAUUACCGCAUCCAAGACUCGUACAACAAUCUGGUCGGCUCCAAAACAGGAACCAAGCGGGCCAGUAUCAUGAAGAAGGCCAACAUACGCGAUGUCUUCUUGGGAUACGCUCGCCGCGUUGGCGACGGUGUUCUCUUUCCCGAGGUCGAGCAGCGCUGCGACGACCACGUCCUGUUUCUGCUCGACCAGUUUUCCAAAGAGCGGAAAGAGAAUUUCGACUGGGGCGAGUGUAGCUUUGUCACCUACAUGAAACUGCGUCACCCCCACCGGCAGGAAGAGCUGAACAGGGCUCAAGCGAAGGCCAUUAGAAAUGGCGUUUUCACAGCCAACACGGAGACAACUACCCCGGCCACUCAGGCUCAGGCUGAAAAGCAGUCGGGUGACGAGAUGAUGGAGGACGACGAGACUGAAGAUCAGGGCGAGGAAGAGCAAAAAGCGACGCCGAGAACAAGCAACAGCCAAAGUUCAUCCCCCAACCCUCCCGGGCAUGCACCACAAACAUCGUCCUUCGCAUCUCGCCGUCCACCAGAAGGAGGUCCAUUCUUUGCCGACUUGAUCAAUGAGGUGGCGGACGCGGCCGGCAACAUACACAAGCACAAGCAUUCGAAAUAUGCUUCCAGCAUUUACAUGAAAUGCAGGCUCAAGCACACCGAGCACAAGUGCGGCGCGGAACUACUAUCGCUUUAUGCGCCUGACCUGCUCAGAUUGCUGGAUCGGCAUAAGUUUGGAGCAAGCCCAUUUUGGGCCUGGCUGGAACAAGAAGCCGCGUCUCCGCCAACACAUUUGGAGCACAUCAGUCUCGAGGAAAUUCCCUACCGACUCUUCCGCCGCGUAAAAGCGGCGUCGAAGCAGGCCAACACCGGCUCCGAAUCGCCAGCCGUAUUAACCCCACCGUCCCAUACCCAGCCCGACGCGCCGCGACCACAACAUGCUGGAAAAGUGCCGGCACUGCGAUUAGCCUCUAGAAAGCGGCCAUUCGAGGACGAAGGCAGCUACGAGAGUAGCGAGGCCGACAACCGCGCGAGCUACGCAAAGGAGGCCGCUAGGAAACGAGCAACGCCUCGAGCUCGGCAGGCAAGCAGCGACGAUUCGGAAACCUCAGACACGGGCAGUGUUGCCAAAGGCAACAACGUUUCCAAAAUCGUGCUCAAAUCGUAUCCCAUGCAAACGGACAAGCCUAAGGGCCCGCGGGGCACGUGGGUGUGCGAGGAGGACGGCUGUGGGCACGUGGUGCGGUCAGCGCUGGACCCGGAGCAGAGGCAGCUCGUGCUGCAGCACAUGCGGGAGCACACUUCGGCCAAGGGAGUGCGUGCAAUGCAGGCUGAGCAGGAGGGCAGGCUGAAUGGGUUGCCCAUCCAGAACCUCCUCGACAAGAUUUUAAAGGAGGGGAAGAGGAAGAAGGAGCGGAAAUCGGCGACGCUCGAAAACGUCCCUGAGCGCAUCAGGCGCGCCGGCUUGGGUUGGUAAACAAGGCCGUCCGCGUCUUUUCUCUCGAAUUCUUUCGGAAGGCUUCUCGGUUUAAAGCACCAAUGUGGGGUUAGGUUAUGGCAUCGGACUAGCGUUGGAAUUUAUCUGGGGUUGUGGUUAGCGGGGCAUCUUUUCUGCAGGUCGUUGGCGACUUGCCGCCUUUGCACUUGCAUUAUGCGGACACGGGUGAAGGGUGUAGGUAUUGACUUGAUGUUAAAACGGUAAUUACCUGUAAAAGACGUAGGAAACAUGACGUGGAAGCACAAGGCCAGGGGAAAGUGCGGUCGACUGUGAUCGCCGACAGGGGUGCCCACGCCAUAUGACGAGUAUCAGCCACAAAGCCACGCGACCCAAGCCACAGCGCACAGGGAACUACAAAAUCCAGCUCAAUUGGCCCCG